UCUGUGUUUGCAGCAUACAAAACGUUCACCACAGAAACAUUUGGAAAGCUCUUCAAAGUCAUCGUAUAGAAACUCCAACAUGUUUCCAAGAAAAAAACAACCAAUUCAAAAAGAUUACGCCGCCUCUCCUUCCUGGCGUGGCCAGCCAAUUUCCCCAAAUGGCAUCUCAUCCUUCCAAAGGGCAUUAGAGGAGAGUAGGAAGGAAAACUACCUUCUCCAGAAAAAAAUGCAACAAAUUGAAGAAGAAAAACGUCAACUGGAGGACAAGUGUAGACGAAUGGAAGCCCAAAAUAAAGAGCUGGAAGAAAGACAACAGCGCCAGCCGGACAUAAACAUUAUUAAUGAGGGCUGGGGAAUCAAGUUUGCUCAGGCCCGAGAGCAGAUUGUGCACCUCAUUAAAGAAAACAGGCAAAAGAGUGCAGAACUAAAAGAAAUGACCAACCAGCUCCAAGACAAGAAAACGAUGACUGAUAAGAUACAACGGGAUCUCCACCACAUGGACCGAAAAAAUCGGCUCCUCCAAAGACAGCUCCAUGAAGCUGUGGAAGAAAAGAAUAAAUUCCUCCAACAGAAGGAAGAGCAGGACAAAAAGCAACAAGACAUGCAGCACAAACUGAAGAGCAUGCAGGAAAAAUACCGCAUGCUGAAAGAAAGCCUGGAUGAAACACUGCGCCAAAAUAAAGACCUUCUUCAACAGAAAGAGCAACAACAAAAAAGACUGAAAGAAGGAAAACGCAUCGUCCAGGACUUUCAGUCUAAAAAUCUAAAACUGCAAGAGUUUUGUAAUCAGCUGGUGGACAAAGCAACUAAAGUGGAAGAAGAAAGGGACAAACUGGAGAAACGGUGCUCACAGAUGCAGAAAAGGAUCGAUCAGAUAGCGAGAAACAACUCCGAGCUCGUUAAGGGGCGUUUGGUGGAAUUCAAUAACUUGAAGCGUGAACACACUCAAAUGCAGUCACAAAAACAACAAGAAGACAAAAUACAUGAAGACAAAAAUCAAGAAAUCAAGAAAAGAAAGAAGCAGUUAGAAGACAAGCACAAAGAGGUCCAACAGAGAAAUGCAGACAUGCACAAGGACAAGCUGAUACAGGAGGAAACAUCCAAACAACUCAAAGACAAGCUUGAAGAACUAGAAGCAACAUUUGAAGAGAUGGAACAAAGAUGUGAGAAACUUGAAGAAAAAAAAACGCAGAAACCAUCGAUGAGCUGA